UAGAUUUCUAGCGAUCGAAUUUUCAAUCAAGUACCUACCUACCUAGGUACUAAUCGUAGGGUUCCGCGACUUAUAAUGGCUUCCUACCCUUCAGCUGCGCCUGAAAAUGGUAAGUUCAAGCAAUUCUACCCGAGCGCGAUGUAUUUUUUCCUGACACAACUUAUAGGGGCAACAUUCACUUCCAUAAUUCACGGGUCUUCGUAUCCCUUUAUUAGAACUGCUAAGCAUGCGGGCCAUCAUGUCCUGAUCACAGGUGGUGCUAGAGGUAUCGGACGGAGUAUUGCCCUCUCCUUUGCUAGAGCAGGGGCUUCGGCCAUUGCCGUGGCAGACAUAUCUGAGUCUUUUCAGCAGAUUGCUAGUGAUAUCGCCACAGCCGCAAAGGAAAAGGGGUACGGUGUCCCACAGGUGAUGAUGACUAAACUUGACGUGACGGAUGAAGACAGUACGCGUCAAUGUGCUAAGAUGAUUGAGAGGGAAUUCAAGGGUAAACUUGAUAUCCUCGUGAACAAUGCUGGUUUUAUGACUCCUGCUCUCUCCGUCUCUGAGUCCGACGCUGACUCCUGGUGGCGAACGAUGGAGGUAAAUCUGAAAGGAGUGUAUCUCAUGAGCAAGCACUUUGUUCCCCUACUUCUCUCAACACCAGAUGGCUUGAGGACGAUGAUCAAUGUCAACAGCGUUGCCGCGCACAACCUUAGGCCAAUGGCUUCCGCAUAUGGGACAUCAAAAUUGGCGGUGUUGAGGUUCACCGAGUUUCUGAUGGUUGAGGCAGGGAGCAAGGGACUGCUGGCCUAUUCUGUUCAUCCCGGUGCGAUUCUCACGGAAUUGGCUAAGAAAGGCAUGCCGCCUGAGACCCUUCCAGGUCUUAGUGAUAGUAUCGAUUUAGCUGGAGACACAGUCGCGUGGCUCUCGAACGAGCGUCGUGAAUGGUUGGCCGGAAGGUAUAUUAGCUCUACAUGGGAUAUGAGCGAGGUGAUCGACCGGAAAGCUGAGAUCGUGGAAGGAGACAAGCUUAAGGUUAGAUUAGUAGUGUAAACCCCAGAUCCCGAUGGCAAUCAAAAAAACCACCCCUUCCCCUAAUUUCAACCUUAGCUUCUCCUAUCUCCUCCUUUUUAUUGCCUCUACCUCUUGUACCGCAGUUCUCGGGGGGGUUGGCCCCGGCUAGGUACCAUGACAACCAGUAACCGCGGAUUCAAAUUUCCCCCAAAACCCUAAUAGGUAUAUUUGGAUCGUACGCUCGAACUACCUAACGUAGUCUACGAUAUAUAGGCAUUCAUGUUAAAAAGGGGGGAUGUCCUGGAACAUUAUGAACAUCGAUCUUCAUGCUCACGAUCGUAAUCUUGUAGGAUCUCAGCGUGUUUGUUU